GUAGUCAUCUGCAUUUUCGACACCUUCAGGAACAAAAGCGAGCCCAUAAGUCGUUUCUUGCAAGACCCCCAGAAGUUCUUGGCACUGGUAGCAGAAGUUGUAAAGCCAAACAGGUUCCCACGCUCUUGACAUUCUCAAGGUCAACCAUCACAUUCGGCUACAGACCCAACUGAAGGUCUCCUACCAACAUGGCUGACGCUGGUGAGACCCGGAGAACGAUAUGGCUUUUUCAAGGGCACAUCUGCCGACCAGGAUAGGCGUUUUUCGGACAAGGAACUCAAACUUCUCAAAACAAUGAAAUUCCCUCCAGAGUUCGACAAAAAGGUCGACAUGCGAAAAGUCAACCUGAAUGUGAUCAGACCUUGGAUUGCCAAAAAAGUAGUCGAAUUGGUUGGAUUUGAAGAUGAAGUGGUGGUGGAGUAUGCAAUGGGCCUUCUUGAAGAUAAAUCACAACCCACACCAGACCCUAAAAAGAUGCAAAUUAACUUGACAGGCUUUUUGACUAAGGAUACUCCUGCUUUCAUGUCUGCCUUGUGGAAUCUUCUUCUUGAAGCUCAGUCUGAUGUCACAGGUGUACCUCGGACUUUUGUGGAGGAGAAGAAGGAAGAGUUACGAAAGGCUCGAGCAAAUGAUACGCGCGCUCUAGAUGAGCGAGACCGAAGAGCACGUUUGGAUGACGUUAGGGAUCGCGGUGACCGAGGUGGUCGCGGUCGCGGAAGGGGCCGUGGUAGAGGGAGAGGGCGAGGAGGAGGAUAUGAUGACGAUCGCGGAGGUCGUGGACGCGAUGGUGGGUGGGGUGACCGCGGACGUCGUCGCAUGUCAAGGUCCCCCACUCCACGAAGAAGGUCACCAACACCACCGUCAAGUCGUUCACCAUCACCAAAAAGGUACCGUUCUCCCCCUCGCAGGUCUAGGCGUACUCCCUCCCGCUCUAUCUCGCCUCCUCCUUCCCGAAGAAGACGCCGUUCUCCUUCAGUGGGCUCCUCUCAUAGGGAACGUCGACCUCGCGAACGUGAUAGCCGGAGCCCCCCUCCUCGCAGACGCCGCAUUUCUCCACCACGUACUAUAUCGCGUAGCUCUAGUCUCACUCGCUCGAGAUCUCCUGGCCGAUCAUACGGUGGGAAGAGAAGGCGAAGCAGUACCCCUCCUAGAAGGCGUCGAAAAAGUGUAACCAGAUCUCGUUCGCCUCCUCCGCACCGAAAGAGAAGUCGUAGUCACAGUCGUCGCGGUAAUGGUGGUGAAGGAAGUAGAAGAAGGCGAUACAGCCCAAGCAGUACUGGAAGUCGAUCACCUGUUCAUCCCGCUCUUGAAGAACGGAUGGAUGUUGACCCUCAAAGUGACUCUGGCAAGCACGAAUUAAAAAUCAAGGGACAGGCGCAUAUUGAGAAGAGAAAGAGUAGGCGGGAGGAAGAAGAAUCCCAAUAUGAGAAAUCGGAUAUAUCUCAAGCUGACCUCGAGAAACGAGAAAACGAACUCAAGGAAAAGGCACUCAGAAAUAAAGUUGUAAGGACGAGAAAGAGCAACGCAGAAUAAAGGAUAUGAUUCGCAAGCUGACGUUUUUGAAGUAUUAUUUUAUCUUCUGGUUAACUGCUUGUCAAUCCGUACAUCUCUUUUUGUGUCAACCUCAGUGUGGAUCAGAUCGACCAAUAUGCUUUUGUUUUCGGUAAAUUAACUGAACGUAUCUUUCACCGCGCAAUGGCACACUACCACCAAGUGGUACAAAAUCUUUUUCCAAA